GCUCCCCCUGGCGCGGCGGCCGCGGCGCUGCUGCUCGGGCGGGCGGGGGCGGCCUGGGCUCCCGCUUCCGGUGUGGUGUCAUGGCGGGCCCUGGGCGCUGAUGGCUGCGGGGAGCUGAGGGGCCCCGGAGCGCGCCAGGGAUACGGAGACCCUCCCGUCCCCUCGCCCGGCGCCUCUCCUGCCGCCCUCCCUGCGGGGAUCCGCCCCCCCUCCCUGGCUGGGCAGGCGGGGGGGGGGACAUGGCGGCUCACAAGCCGGUGGAGUGGGUGCAGGCCGUGGUGAACCGCUUCGACGAGCAGCUUCCAAUAAAGGCUGGCCAGCAGAAUACCCACACCAAAGUCAGUACGGAGCACAACAAGGAAUGUCUCAUAAACAUUUCCAAGUACAAGUUUUCCCUCGUCAUCAGUGGUCUCACUAAUAUCUUAAAAAAUGUUAAUAACAUGAGAAUAUUUGGAGAAACUGCUGAAAAAAAUUUAUAUCUGUCUCAGCUGAUAAUCUUGGAUACACUGGAAAAAUGUCUGGCAGGGCAACCAAAGGAUACCAUGCGACUAGAUGAGACUAUGCUGGUAAAACAGUUGCUGCCAGAAAUCUGCCACUUCAUCCACACUUACCGUGAAGGGAACCAGCAUGCAGCUGAACUACGUAAUUCUGCCUCUGGGGUUCUUUUUUCUCUUAGCUGCAAUAACUUUAAUGCUGUGUUCAGCCGCAUUUCCACCAGAUUACAGGAACUGACUGUUUGUUCAGAAGAUAAUGCUGAUGUUCAUGAUAUUGAACUUUUACAGUACAUCAGUGUGGAUUGUUCAAAACUAAAACGACUCUUGCAAGAGACUGUUUUCAAGUUUAAAGCCCUUAAGAAAGUAGCUCAGUUAGCUGUUAUCAACAGUCUUGAAAAGGCAUUUUGGAACUGGGUGGAAAACUAUCCUGAUGAAUUCACAAAGCUGUAUCAAACACCACAGACUGAUAUGGCUGAUUGUGCAGAGAAGUUGUUUGACUUAGUGGAUGGCUUUGCUGAAAGCACAAAACGUAAAGCAGCAGUUUGGCCACUGCAAAUCAUACUCCUGGUCCUGUGUCCAGAGAUAAUCCAAGAUAUAGCAAAGGAUGUGGUAGAGGAAACUAAAAUGAACAAGAAACUGUUCCUGGACAAUCUCAGGAAAGCGCUUGCGGGCCACAGUGGGAGCAGACAGCUGACUGAAAGUGCUGCUAUUGCUUGUGUUAAACUGUGCAAAGCAUCUACCUACAUCAACUGGGAAGACAAUUCUGUCAUUUUCCUACUAGUGCAGUCCAUGGUAGUAGAUCUUAAGAAUUUGCUGUUUAAUCCAAGCAAACCUUUUUCAAGAGGCAAUCAAAAUGCAGAUGUAGACCUUAUGAUUGACUGCUUAGUUUCCUGCUUCCGCAUAAACCCUCACAAUAACCAACACUUUAAGAUCUGCUUGGCACAGAAUUCCCCAUCAACAUUUCAUUAUGUGCUGGUAAAUUCGCUCCACCGAAUAAUCACAAAUUCUGCGUUGGACUGGUGGCCCAAGAUCGAUGCUGUGUACUGCCAUUCCAUGGAGCUUCGCAGCAUGUUCAGUGAGACACUUCAUAAAGCUAUUCAAGGCUGUGGGGCACAUCCAGCAAUUCGCAUGACUCCGAUGCCAACCAGUCACUGUUUUGCAUGGCAGUGGGCCUCUGUUGCUAGUCUUACAUUUAAGGAGAAAAUGACAAGCCUUAAAUUUAAAGAAAAACCUACUGAUUUGGAAACUAGAAGCUACAAGUUCUUGCUGUUAUCCUUGGUAAAACUGAUCCAUGCUGAUCCAAAGCUUUUGCUGUGUAAUCCAAGGAAGCAAGGGCCUGAAACACAAGGUAGCACGGCUGAAUUAAUUACAGGCCUUGUACAACUUGUUCCCCAAUCCAGCAUGCCAGAUAUAGCACAAGAAGCCAUGGAGGCCUUGCUAGUUCUUCACCAGUUAGACAGCAUUGACUUGUGGAAUCCUGAUGCACCUAUAGAAACAUUCUGGGAAAUUAGUUCACAAAUGCUUUUUUAUAUCUGCAAGAAACUAACUAGUCAUCAGAUGCUCAGCAGUACAGAAAUCCUCAAGUGGCUGCGGGAGAUUCUCAUCUGUAGGAAUAAAUUUCUUCUAAAAAACAAACAAUCAGAUAGGAGUUCCUGCCACUUUCUCUUCCUUUAUGAUGUCUCUGGAGGUGGACCCAGUCAAAUUUCUCUUGACCAUGAAGAGAUGAUACGCUGUGCUCCAGGAGCUACCCUCAGGAAAGGGAAAGGGAAUUCUUCCAUGGAAAGUACAGCAGGAUGCAGCGGAACACCGAUAUGUCGCCAAGCCCAAACAAAAUUGGAAGUCGCCUUAUACAUGUUUUUGUGGAGCCCGGAUAUUGAGGCAGUCCUUGUUGCAAUGUCCUGUUUCCGUCACCUCUGUGAGGAAGCAGAUAUCAGAUGUGGAGUAGAUGAAGUCUCAGUGCAUAAUUUUUUGCCAAACUACAAUACUUUCAUGGAGUUUGCAUCUGUUAGCAAUAUGAUGUCAACAGGGAGAGCAGCUCUUCAGAAGAGAGUGAUGGCAUUAUUAAGACGCAUUGAACAUCCAACUGCAGGCAACACAGAGGCCUGGGAGGAUACACAUGCAAAAUGGGAACAAGCUACAAAACUCAUCCUUAACUAUCCGAAGACCAAAAUGGAAGAUGGGCAGGUUACUGAAAGUCUUCAUAAGACAAUUGUUAAGAGACGAAUGUCGCACGUUAGUGGGGGAGGCUCCAUAGACUUGUCUGACACAGAUUCUCUUCAAGAGUGGAUCAACAUGACAGGGUUCUUAUGUGCCCUCGGAGGAGUGUGCCUACAGCAUCGUAGCAAUGCGGGAUUAGCAACCUACAGUCCACCUAUGGGCCCUGUCAAUGAGCGUAAGGGCUCCAUGAUAUCUAUGGUGUCCACUGAGGGAAAUGCAGAGACUCCUGUUAGCAAAUUUAUUGAUCGAUUAUUGACUCUGAUGGUCUGUAACCAUGAGAAAGUGGGACUUCAGAUACGGACUAAUAUUAAAGAUCUGGUGGGUUUGGAGUUGAGUCCAGCACUUUACCCAAUGCUGUUUAACAAAUUGAAGAAUACCAUCAGCAAGUUUUUUGAUUCUCAAGGACAGGUUUUGUUAACUGAGACCAACACACAAUUUGUAGAGCAAACCAUUGCUAUAAUGAAGAAUUUGCUUGACAAUCAUACAGAAGGGAGCUCAGAACAUCUUGGACAAGCUAGUAUUGAGACAAUGAUGCUAAAUCUGGUUAGGUAUGUGCGUGUGCUUGGAAAUUUGGUACAUGCAAUUCAAAUAAAAACUAAGCUAUGUCAGUUAGUAGAAGUAAUGAUGGAGAGGAGAGAUGACCUUUCAUUUUGCCAAGAAAUGAAAUUUAGGAACAAAAUGGUGGAAUAUUUGACAGACUGGGUUAUGGGAACAUCUAAUCAAGCAACAGAUGAGGAUGUGAAAUGCUUGACAAGAGAUUUGGACCAAGCGAGUAUGGAAGCAGUGGUCUCUCUUCUUGCUGGGCUUCCAUUACAGCCUGAAGAGGGAGAUGGUGUUGAGUUGAUGGAAGCAAAAUCUCAGUUAUUUCUUAAAUACUUCACGCUGUUUAUGAACCUUCUAAAUGACUGUAGUGAAGUUGAAGAUGAAAGUGCACAAACAGGUGGCAGGAAACGGGGAAUGUCUCGAAGACUAGCUUCGCUGCGGCACUGCACUGUUCUUGCUAUGUCAAAUUUACUCAAUGCAAAUGUGGACAGUGGUCUUAUGCACUCAAUAGGCUUGGGCUAUCAUAAAGACCUCCAAACAAGAGCUACGUUUAUGGAAGUCCUCACCAAAAUUCUGCAGCAGGGAACAGAAUUUGAUACGUUAGCAGAAACAGUGCUAGCAGAUCGGUUUGAGAGAUUGGUGGAGUUGGUUACAAUGAUGGGUGAUCAGGGGGAGCUUCCUAUUGCUAUGGCUUUAGCCAAUGUGGUGCCUUGUUCUCAGUGGGAUGAGCUAGCUCGUGUCCUGGUCACACUCUUUGAUUCCCGGCACUUGCUCUACCAGCUACUCUGGAAUAUGUUUUCAAAGGAAGUUGAACUAGCAGAUUCCAUGCAGACGCUCUUCCGAGGAAACAGCUUAGCCAGUAAAAUAAUGACUUUCUGUUUUAAGGUAUAUGGUGCUACAUAUUUGCAGAAGCUUUUGGAACCUUUAUUAAGGACUGUGAUCACAUCCCCUGAAUGGCAGCAUGUUAGCUUUGAGGUGGAUCCAACAAGGCUGGAGCCUACAGAAAGCCUUGAAGAGAACCAGCGGAGUCUUUUGCAAAUGACAGAAAAAUUUUUUCAUGCAAUCAUUAAUUCUUCUUCGGAGUUCCCACCACAACUUCGCAGUGUGUGCCAUUGUUUAUACCAGGCAACUUGCCACUCUCUACUGAAUAAAGCUACCGUAAAAGAAAAAAAGGAAAACAAAAAAGCAGUUGUUAGUCAGCGAUUUCCUCAGAACAGCAUUGGAGCAGUUGGAAGUGCGAUGUUCCUUCGGUUCAUCAAUCCUGCGAUCGUCUCCCCUUAUGAGGCAGGGAUUUUAGAUAAAAAGCCUCCACCAAGAAUUGAAAGGGGAUUGAAACUGAUGUCAAAGAUACUUCAGAGUAUUGCCAACCAUGUCCUGUUUACAAAAGAAGAACAUAUGCGGCCUUUUAAUGAUUUUGUAAAAAGCAAUUUUGAUGCAGCACGAAGGUUUUUCCUUGAUAUUGCCUCUGAUUGCCCAGCUAGCGACACUGUCAAUCACAGCCUGUCUUUCAUCAGUGAUGGCAAUGUACUUGCUUUGCACCGGUUGCUGUGGAACAAUCAGGAGAAAAUUGGCCAGUACCUUUCCAGCAACAGGGACCACAAGGCUGUUGGAAGACGACCUUUUGACAAGAUGGCUACUCUUCUUGCCUAUCUGGGUCCUCCUGAGCACAAACCUGUGGCAGAUACCCAUUGGUCCAGUUUAAAUCUCACUAGUUCCAAAUUUGAAGAAUUUAUGACAAGGCAUCAGGUACAUGAAAAAGAGGAGUUCAAAGCACUGAAAACAUUAAAUAUUUUCUACCAAGCUGGGACAUCAAAAGCUGGCAAUCCUGUUUUCUACUACAUUGCGCGGCGAUUCAAGACUGGUCAGAUCAAUGGAGAUUUAUUGAUAUACCAUGUACUGCUAACUCUGAAGCCAUACUAUGCAAAGCCAUAUGAAAUUGUAGUGGACCUCACACACGCUGGCCCCAGUAACCGCUUUAAAACAGACUUUCUUUCUAAAUGGUUUGUAGUUUUUCCAGGCUUUGCUUAUGAAAAUGUCUCAGCAGUUUUUAUUUAUAACUGUAACUCUUGGGUCAGAGAAUACACCAAAUACCAUGAAAGGCUCUUGACAGGUUUGAAAGGAAGCAAAAGGCUUAUUUUCAUAGACUCUCCAGGGAAACUGGCAGAGCACAUCGAACACGACCAGCAGAAACUCCCAGCAGCUACCUUGGCUUUGGAGGAGGACUUGAAAGUGUUUCACAAUGCUCUCAAACUGGCUCAUAAAGACACCAAAGUUUCUAUUAAAGUUGGGUCAACAGCUGUGCAGGUGACAUCAGCAGAACGAACAAGAGUCCUGGGACAAACAGUGUUUUUAAAUGAUAUAUACUAUGCCUCUGAAAUUGAGGAAAUAUGUCUUGUUGAUGAGAACCAGUUUACCUUAACUAUUGCCAACCAAGGCACACCACUCACCUUCAUGCACCAGGAGUGUGAAGCCAUCGUUAGGUCCAUCAUUCAUAUACGGACACGGUGGGAGCUGUCACAACCAGACUCCAUCCCUCAGCACACUAAAAUUCGUCCUAAGGAUGUCCCUGGAACACUACUGAACAUAGCGCUGCUCAACCUGGGAAGCUCAGACCCCAGUUUGCGGUCUGCUGCCUAUAAUCUUCUAUGUGCCUUAACCUGUACCUUUAAUUUAAAGAUUGAGGGCCAGUUACUGGAAACUUCAGGUCUGUGUAUUCCUGCCAACAACACGCUAUUUAUUGUAUCUAUUAGUAAGACUCUUGCAGCUAACGAACCACACCUUACCUUAGAGUUCUUGGAAGAGUGUAUUUCUGGAUUUAGCAAAUCUAGUAUUGAACUGAAACAUCUUUGUCUGGAGUAUAUGACUCCCUGGCUGUCCAAUCUGGUCCGAUUCUGUAAACACAAUGAUGAUGCUAAGCGCCAGCGAGUCACUGCUAUUCUUGAUAAGCUUAUAACAAUGACAAUAAAUGAAAAACAGAUGUAUCCUUCCAUUCAAGCUAAGAUAUGGGGAAGUCUUGGACAGAUAACAGAUCUCCUUGAUGUAGUGCUGGACAGUUUCAUCAAAACUAGCGCCACAGGGGGCUUAGGAUCCAUAAAAGCUGAGGUUAUGGCAGACACAGCUGUAGCGCUUGCUUCUGGAAAUGUAAAAUUGGUUUCAAGUAAAGUGAUUGGAAGGAUGUGUAAAAUAAUCGACAAGACUUGUCUGUCUCCAACUCCUACACUGGAACAGCACCUGAUGUGGGAUGAUAUUGCUAUUCUAGCACGUUACAUGCUGAUGCUCUCCUUUAACAAUUCUCUGGAUGUGGCAGCACAUCUACCCUACCUCUUCCAUGUAGUUACUUUAUUGGUGGCCACUGGUCCCCUUUCUCUCAGAGCUUCCACUCAUGGUCUCGUUAUCAACAUCAUUCACUCUCUUUGCACUUGUUCACAGCUUCACUUUAGUGAGGAGACCAAGCAAGUUUUAAGGCUGAGCUUGACUGAAUUCUCUCUGCCCAAAUUUUAUUUGCUGUUUGGAAUCAGCAAAGUGAAAUCGGCCGCAGUCAUAGCAUUCCGAUCCAGCUAUCGAGACAGGUCGUUCUCACCUGGUUCCUAUGAAAGGGAGACUUUUGCACUGACUUCGUUGGAAACUGUUACUGAAGCUUUGUUGGAGAUCAUGGAGGCUUGUAUGAGGGAUAUUCCAACGUGCAAGUGGCUGGACCAGUGGACUGAACUAGCUCAAAAGUUUGCAUUCCAGUAUAACCCAUCCCUGCAACCAAGAGCACUUGUUGUCUUCGGCUGUAUAAGUAAACGUGUGUCUCAUGGACAAAUAAAACAAAUAAUCCGAAUUCUUAGCAAGGGACUUGAGAGCUGUUUAAAAGGCCCUGAUAAUUACAAUAGCCAAGUUCUAAUAGAAGCUACAGUUAUAGCACUCACCAAGCUGCAGCCUCUUCUUAAUAAGGACUCUCCUAUGCACAAGGCCCUCUUUUGGGUAGCUAUGGCAGUACUGCAGCUAGAUGAAGUAAACUUGUACUCAGCAGGUACAGCACUACUUGAACAGAAUCUGCAUACCUUGGAUAGCCUUCGAGUGUUCAAUGAUAAGAGCCCAGAAGAGGUGUUUAUGGAGAUCAGGAGACCACUCGAGUGGCACUGCAAGCAGAUGGAUCAUUUUGUUGGGCUAAAUUUCAACUCCAACUUUAACUUUGCACUAGUGGGACACCUCCUGAAAGGGUACAGGCAUCCUUCUCCUACCACUGUAGCAAGAACAGUAAGGAUUUUACAUACGCUGCUAGCUCUGGUUAACAAACAUAGGAACUGUGACAAGUUUGAGGUGAACACCCAGAGUGUGGCUUACCUAGCAGCUUUGCUGACAGUAUCUGAGGAAGUUCGAAGUCGCUGCAGCCUAAAACAUAGGAAGUCUCUCUUGUUGACAGACGUUUCAAUGGAAAAUGUUCCUAUGGAUACAUAUCCCAUACAUCACAGUGACACUAGCUAUAGGACACUAAAGGAAAAUCAACCAUGGUCAUCACCAAAGGGGUCAGACAGACAUCUGGCUGCCAGUUACCCGACAGUGGGACAGAUAAGCCCUCGAACACGAAAAUCCAUGAGUUUGGAUAUGGGGCAGCCUUCACAAGCGAACACUAAAAAGCUUCUAGGUACAAGGAAAAGUUUUGACCAUUUGAUAUCGGACACAAAGGCUCCUAAAAGGCAAGACAUGGAAUCUGGAAUCACAACGCCUCCCAAAAUGAGGAGAGUAGCCGAAAAUGAUUAUGAAAUGGAAACCCAGAGAAUAUCACCGCAGCAACACCCACAUCUUCGAAAAGUUUCUGUUUCUGAGUCAAAUGUCCUCCUAGAUGAAGAAGUUCUGACUGACCCAAAAAUCCAAGCACUGCUGCUUACAGUUCUUGCAACAUUAGUGAAGUACACUACUGAUGAGUUUGACCAGCGGAUUCUGUAUGAGUACUUAGCAGAAGCCAGUGUUGUCUUCCCAAAGGUCUUUCCUGUUGUGCAUAAUUUAUUGGAUUCGAAGAUCAAUACCCUUUUGUCGCUGUGCCAGGAUCCAAAUUUGUUGAAUCCAAUUCAUGGGAUUGUUCAGAGUGUUGUCUAUCAUGAAGAGUCUCCACCCCAAUACCAAACUUCUUAUCUACAGAGUUUUGGAUUUAAUGGGUUAUGGAGGUUUGCUGGCCCAUUUUCUAAGCAAACACAAAUCCCAGACUAUGCUGAGCUCAUAGUGAAGUUUCUUGAUGCCUUGAUUGACACGUAUUUGCCUGGAAUUGAUGAGGAGACCAGUGAAGAAUCUCUCCUGACACCCACGUCUCCAUAUCCUCCCGCAGUGCAGAGCCAACUUAGCAUUACUGCUAACCUUAACCUUUCCAAUUCCAUGACCUCGCUUGCAACUUCCCAGCACUCCCCAGGGAUCGACAAGGAGAACGUGGAGCUCUCGCCCACCGCCGGACACUCCAACAGCGGGAGGAUGCGCCACGGCUCCGCCAGCCAAGUGCAAAAGCAGCGAAGUGCUGGCAGUUUCAAACGUCACAGCAUCAAAAAGAUUGUGAGCUGCAGUAGAAAUGUGGUUGCUGAACUGAUACAGGACUAUGAAAGGGAUCGUGAGGCUAGAACUGAAUGUGGGAAUGGAGCAGUGACUUGUGCCACGUCCUAAGCUGCUAUGCAUGUAAAACUUCGGGAGUCACUGAUUAAAACCCGUUCUCAUCUCAUGCAUCAGAUUGCCGAGAGCCACCUUCAGCGUCACUGCCAGUUUGCACUUGGUUGUACUGAAUCAAGCUAAUUCCAGCCCUUUCCGUUUUGCUGAAGACAAUGAAUUGUAGAAGCCUGAAGAUUUGUAGGUAGGAGGAAAAAAGAAUCUCUUGUAAAGGUAAUUUGCUGUCAGUUGUUUCUCCUACGAGCAGAUUUUCUUUAAACAGAAAUAGUAAUUCCAGAUGAACUACCAAAUCAGUUUUGUUUGGACUGGGUGCAUUUGAGAGCAACUCUGUCAACAUUUUCCAUUGUCUAUAGAAAAAAAGCGUCCCUAAAUUAGAAUUAAUGCAGUCUUUGAAAUACAUGAUAUGGAAUCAAAAUGGACAGUGACUAAAAUUACCUUUCAUGUGAGAACUAGAAUUACUCUGGGCUCUCAGUCCCAGCUGAAAAAAACUGAUAUCUUCAUGAAGUCAGUCAACAAAAUUUAAUUUAUUCUAUUUCCUGGAAGGAGGGGGAGUCAUUUAAUAUUUUCACUGCAUGGUUCAGUGAGAGGACCUGAACUUUCUUAGAGCAGGGGUGUCAAACAUGUUAGGUAAUGGGGGCUGAAUUUGGGUGUAAUUACAGUCGAUGGCCAAGGUUUAAUUCAGGAUCACAGGCGCCCCGAUACACAGGAACGUUCUCUCCCAGUACCAGCAGUUGGGAAGCUUGUGCUUAGAUCAAGGGGGAAAACACGGCCUUUCUUGAAUGAUUAAACUUCUAUUAGUAAUUAGUUAGUUGUUCAGUGCCUUACUGUCACAUUCAUCACUUCGCCUGCACCCUCUAACAGCCGUGGCUGUUAUUUUGCCUUGUUGUGUCCUUUCUCGCACCCUCCCUUAUUUGUUCUCAUUCCCCGUUUUGAAUAUUCUCCAUCCUGCUCCGUUUCAUUCCCGUGAGCACCGCUCUUGGUUCCCAGUCCAGCCUGCUUCCGUUCCCUCCUCAUCCCAUUACUCCAUUUACGCUCCUAGUGAUCAGCAGGUGGUUGCUGGUGACGAUGUGGGCUUGAAACCUGAUCUAACGAGUGGGAGACUGAUCUAAGAGAGUUCCCACCUUCGAGUCGCUGUUUCAGGCAGCCUGCAGACCACCAGGCAGUCACUGCUGCGUCGGCUGCUCGAGUCGCUUCUUGAAGUCUGGUUCUGCAGCUGUGGAGUCUGUGUACUUUGAAAUGAAAACUUAGAUUCAGAAAAAUCUGAUCUUAACACGUGGACCAUGUAACGACAUCAUGGGGAUUGUAUGUUUGACACCCCUGUUUUAGAACACGUUACCCAUUUCGCACUAACUACAGUUAAGUACUGUAAAGAUGAUUAACAUUUUGUUUGUGUUUGUAUUUUCCCUGACUUAAAGAUAACUCAGUAGUAUUUGAAUAGUGCAUAACCUACCUGUUAAUUAUGCCAAUGUUUCUGCUUUAAUGUGCAUGAGGUUUCCAAGAACAGGAAACGUUUCAAAUAAGUAUUGUGGACUGAGCACCUGGGAGCAUUCCAGUGCUCUAUUCCUAACUGGGUUGUAGGUUUUAGGGCUUUUUCGGUUUCAUUCUAAGGUUAAUUUUUUUCAAAUGUAAUGAAGCACGUCUUAUUGUUAUGCAACAAACUUACCACAGAAAGUCACUUUUAGUGUUGGUCCCACAAUUUUUUUUUUAAUGCAGUAUAUUCACCUGUAAAUAGUUUUUGUGUAAAAUUUGACAGAAAAGUAUAUUUACUACACUGUAAAUACAUGUGACAAUAUAUUGUAUUAUUUUGCUUUUUUUGUAAAGCAGUUAGUUGCUGUAUAUGUAUAACAUACAAAUUUGAUUAUUCUAGUGUUAGUAACUGUUAACUACUACUACUACUCCUUCCUGCUGUUGCGUUACGUCAUUUAAAAAAAAAAAAAAUGCUGUGUACUAUAAACUUACACUGUGUAUGAUAUCUUACUAUUUCCAUUUGGGCCUCAACUUUGAAAAUGUUUCCUUGAUCCACAAUCCUAUUCAUACUGUAAGCAAGUGUGCGACAGCUGGCAAGAGCCCUGCUGAUUCAAAUGCAGUUGGUAACUGUAGGUAAAAAUGGUAGAAACCCGGUUUCAGAUGAUUGUUGUUCACCCCAUUUUCCCCUCAUGUAUGUACUUCCCCCCCCCCUUUUUUUUUUGAAGUAAAAUGUAAAUUCAACCUGCCUCAAGUUGUUCGAAGGUCAUUCCCUUGUGCUGCGGGACGCAGUUGGUGUAUUCUGAAAUCCUUUUUCUGUUUCUUGUGACGGUGAGAUUUGGAUGGGUUCUUUGGGUCUGAACUGAGGGCCUCAUCGCAGCAGGCGCUGGAUGCAGCCCUAGUCCCAGACCUGAAAACCCACUUUUUCUGGGAAAAAUAAGAAUCAAGCUGAAACCCAGUGUCUCGGAUUUGUCUUUAAAGAAUGGUGCUUCUCUGUGUGUGUGAUCUUGCACAGUUCUAAAUACUGGCAAAACUGAUUGCCCGUGGAUAACUGAGGACAGAAUUUGGACAGAAUAAAGCCCAUUGUCAUGAAUUUCAUGUCACUUCAAUAAGAUUAUCAUAAUUGAAUAAUAAAUCAGAAUAUUUCUUUUUAAAAUGUAAAUUUAAUAUUUUAAUAAAACAGCUGCUUGGUCUUUAAAGAACAUUUCAGUAUAAUUUGUCUAUUUGAGCUUUUCUAGCUUAGAAGCUUGAAGUUUCAACUGUCAGGCAACUUUUAUGACAAAUGAUUAAUCAAAUCUAUUUUUCUUUUAGGGGAAUAUAUUACUUUCCUAUUAAAAAUGUAUAAGUACUUAUAUUCUGGCUUUGUGAAUCGUAAAAGGAUGUAAAAACACAUUAAAGCGUGACUGCAUUGA